AUGCAGAGAAUCACCACUCUGCUUCUCCAACUCACAAUAUGGGUCUCCGCCGUCCGUGCCUUCUACCCCUUCGUUCCCGAGGAUCUGUGUGAUCCCGGUGAGAAGUGCAGCUCGUUUACUGUGAAAUUGGUUAAGGGGACCUCGAAGGUGUCGAAGAAAGUAAGCAACUACUACGUCUCAAAGCCCAACCCCCCCACUGCACCAAACAGCGCCGGCGUCUACCAAAAUGGCCCUGACUACUCGUACUUUGUUCAGGCGGAGAUCGGCUCCGAGAAGGAGCCCUUCUACAUGCUAAUCGACACGGGCGCCCCCAACACCUGGGUCAUGAGCGCCGAGUGCCCGUCUCCCGCUUGCAGGCUGCACAGCAACUUCAAUCCGAGCACAUCGACAACGUUCAAGGCAGAUAAUAAGAAAUUUCACAUUGCGUAUGGGACAGGAGAGGUUGCUGGUACUCUGGGGAGCGACACGAUCACUGUUGCUGGUCUGUCCGUUGGUAUGGCCUUUGGCGUGGCUACUUCUGCGCACGACGACUUCAAGCAUUUUGCUUUCGACGGGAUCCUGGGUCUUGCUAUGGGCGAGUCUAUCACGGGUAAUUUUCUGCGGUCUCUGAAGAGCAACAACCUGGUUGAGAAGCUGAUGUUUGCCGUAACCCUGAACCGGGACUCGGACGGCGUCAAUGACGGCCAGAUCACGUUUGGAGGAGUAGACAAGUCCAAGUUUACAGGGGAGAUUUCGUACUCGUCCGUGCCAUCCCCGCAGAAGGAAAAGGGCGAGUGGACCAUUCUGAUAGACGGCGUGGGCUUCAAUGGCAAGUCCGCCGGUAUUAACAGCACCCUCGCCGCCAUCGACACAGGUACCUCGUUCAUCUUCGCCCCGCCGGAUGAUGUGGCUGCCCUGUUCAAACUGGUCCCUGGCGCGACCCCCUACGAAAACUCUAUCUACGUCGAGUACAAGGUGCCAUGCAACACACACCCCAUCACCAUGACCUUCGCCGGUGUCACCUACCAGAUCCCCACCAAGGACUGGCUCGCCGGCUCGGGCGAGAAAUGCCUCAGCCGCAUCUACGGUUUGAAAGGCGCCAGCUCCUGGCUAGUCGGCGACGUCUUCCUCAAGAAUGUCUACUCCGUCUUCGACGCCGAUAACAUGCGCAUCGGGUUCGCGACCAAAGUUCAGCCCCCCAAGCCGACUACCACCGCUGUUGACAUCACUGUCUCGGUUAUUUCCACGGGCUUGCCUGAUGAUGGGUCAUCGCGUCCUGUCAUGCCGGGGACUAGUGAGGCGUCAGAGAUGACGGCUCCGGCUGAGAUUACGGCUACGCCGACGGAACAGCCUGUGCAGGCUUCUGCGCAUCGUUUGGGAAGCAGUUUGUUUGCUUUGGCCGCGUGCGCCUUGGCGGUGAUUGCGGUAUUGUGA